UUAAAUAAAUGCUGAGCAAACAUCUCUGAGUUUCCACGACAAAUCUACACGAGUCUCGAGCAAAAUCUCUACUCGAAAUCAUUGGAAUACACAUUUCAAAUAAAAUUUUGGUCAUGAGAAUUCAUCUUGUUCGCAAAUCGCUCAAGUAAAAACGCUGAUAGGCUGAGAAGGUGAAUAGUCAAUUCAACCUAACCUCAAAUCAUCUUUUGAUCUUGCAAAUAUCUGAUAUUGACAGAAUAGAUCUACUAUCAAGAAGAAGGAGAAAAAGAAGAACAGCAAAAACAUGUUUUCACUUCCACAUCAUUCGUAUCGUGAACAAAUGCCUUGCUUCGCUAACCUCCUCGAUUGACGCGCAGUUUGGUAGGUUUGAUAUAUGUGGUACAUGUUGCAAAAAGCUCACGUGGACCGUGGACUCGCGUAUUAGCUGUCGUACGCGUAUUUAAACUACUCAAUUUAAUUGUUAAACACGACGAUGGCCGAGACCGACGCCAGGAGGGAAGCGAGGAGGCGACGAAUAUUAGAAAACUCAGAAAGUCGUCUACGCAAAAUUACAGGGAGAAUCAGUCCGGGCGAAAUCAAGGAUAACAAUCCACGAGUGGAAAGGGACAGUCUUAAAGCGGAAUCGAAUUUUGAGGAGGACAAUAUCAGAAACGGUCUUAUAUGCAAUAUCAGUGGCAAUACGAAACCGCAAGAUUGUACAAGAUUCGACGACGAACAUGAAGGCUAUGAAGGCUUUUUAAAUGAUACCAGCGAUAAAAAUAUACAUUCACCAAGACAAAUAUCUAAGUCGAAAUUUAUAUUAGAUACAUUAUUACUCAAUCGUAUCAAUCUUGUCCUGCUAGCUGGGAUCGUCAAUAUUUUUCUAGUGCUGAAAUAUGACAAUUUAUUUGGGAAGACAGUUAUUAUACCUUUUUUAUUACUGACGGUAGGACGUCUAUACAGCUGUACGACAUUAUACGAGGCACAAGACGGCAAUCUAUUAGUUGCUGCUUUGAUACUGUGCAAUAUCAAACCUAGAUUAAUUUAUAUAUUUAAAGUAUCACUCACGUUAUUUACCACAGUGCUCAAUGAUUUCGGUUUAUAUAUGUUUAGUUUUGUAUUAAUGCGCUAUGUCAUUAUUCAUUAUUGCUCUCUCACGAUGCUACAGUACCCAAUAAAUGCAUAAUUUAUGUUUGAUAAUUGAGCGAGCAAAAAUAAAGUGGAUUUAUUUAUUGUUGGGAAUUUUGUACAAUAUUAAAAAGACAAGAGUUCUUAAAAGAAUAUAAAUUUUUAUAAAUUGCAUUAUUUAAAAACAUACAGUUGUAUCAGAUUUUUUUGUAUCUUCAUUAUGUGACUGAAUAAGCAUGUACAAGUGUCGUAUAAAAACACAUUAAUUUUCCUCUAGGGAAUACAUGUAAUUAUAUUAAAUAUAAUUUAAAAAUA